AUGAAACCGGCGCAAGACAUGAAUGUAGAUGAAGUAUUUCUCAAACAGGCGGCAGAAGCUAUAGCGGUAACCUCAUCGAGUCCCACCCAUACGGACCCCAUAAUACGGGAACUGCUACACAGAAUUAGACAAUCCAGCCCAUUGAGUGCUGUUAUACCAGCACCAGAACAUGUUUUAAACGCUGGGGAGCCAGAAAAUAUGGCCGUAGACCUUAUAAGAGCUCCAGAAAUACAAACAAAAAGGACGGGAGGUAGUAACCAUAGCAAGGAAGGUGUACAGCUCUACAGCUGUGCGAAAUGCCAGUUGAAAUUCAGCAGAAGUUCUGAUCUGAGGAGGCAUGAAAAAGUGCAUUCACUGGUACUGCCGCACAUCUGUUCAAAUUGUGGCAAAGGGUUUGCCAGGAAGGAUGCUCUGAAAAGACAUUCUAAUACAUUGACUUGUCAAAGAAACAGAAAGAAACUGAGUGAAGGUUCGGACGUUGACGUGGAUGAGCUCAUCAAGGAUGCGAUAAAGAAUGGUACCGGCUUGUUGUAG